UUCUUAAACAUUUAUAAAGAAAGGUUACCGUCUUUAUAAAAGGUGAUUUAAUAUAAUGUCAAAUUUUAUCUAGAUAAGAACAGUUAAACUAAAAUAUUACGAAGUUCACAAACAUAUGUUAAGUUAUAGGUCAGUGCACAAUGGAAUCUUUACUAAUUCAGUUGCUUUUGGCAAUUUUAUUGCAUGAAUCUUGCAGCCUAGAAAGCAAACGUCUUCUUCUUCACGAUCCAGAAUCUAUUGCCGAUGCCUUAUAUAAACUGGGAACAAAGAUUGAAGAGCUGAAUACAACUAUAGCUCAAAUGAUGGUUUCUCACUCACAGGAUGUUGCUCAUUUGAAUGCCACACAUUCUCGUGAUGUUGCUCAACUGAAAGCAGAACACGCAAAAGAAGUAGCAGAUCUUAAAGCUGGUUUAAAUGCUGAGAAACUUGAAAGAUGUCGGACAGGAUCGAUAGGUUUCCACCACGAAGAAUGCGCCCAGCAACACUGUUCAGAGAGUCAAGUUAUCGACUUUUCUCCCCCGUUUACAAAGGUUCCUGUAGUCUCAUUCGCUUUUUCAGCUAUGGAUGUCAAUAAGGAUAGAAAUUUUCGGAUUGGGUCCAUCGUCAAAGCUGUAACAACGUCUUCUGCUACGUUAACAGUCAAUACAUGGGCUGAUUCAGUUGUCUACGGAUCAAGCCUUAACUGGAUUGCAUGUCCAAAUAUGUAAAUUUAUGAAAUAUAUAAAUGUGCAAAUAAA